GCCUGUAUCCCGGCUGUUGAACGCACGCACGCUAUUGCAGCAGUUAUGCGUCUGCUCACGGCUUUGGAGGUCUUUCCAAGCGCGCCGCCCAAGGCUGAGAGAACGGGGGAAUAAGACAGUUCAAUGACAACGUCUAAAUAGCAUGCGACCAUUCAGCACCAUUCUCGACGAACAAAAAACAUUUAGGAUGUCGUCUAUGAGAAUCAGUCAUCGUGUUCAUCAGUGGUCAACAAAACGAGUCGAGCAUCAGUACAGGAAGGAAAGGGGAAUUUAAGCAAGGUUAAAGCAAAACGGUACAUACAAAUUUAACAGUUAAAUAAAUUUCUGCCGGAGAAUUUGCUGAGUGGAAAUACAAAAGAAAAUUGGGCAAAAAUCUGGGCCUGAACCUUCAAAAAGUGAGCAACCGAGGUGAAUGGCUGUGGCAUAAUCCUUAAUGUGCAGCAGUGAUGACCCAUGGCAUUGGACUAACGGGGUGGCAUUAUAGCUCACAGAAACCUCAUUUGCAAGGAGGAUGAGAUCAAAUCUACUGAGAAGCAUCACAGAAGAAACAGGGUGUGGUCGUUGAGGGAAAGUAGUAGUUCUGCUUGUAUUAUCUCUCUUUUCUCUGUUUUGGACCACGGAGAGCAUGGGCUGCACUUUGGGUCGGACGCGGGACUGAUGUCGUCUCUUCGCUGUGCUGAGCCCAUAGAGGCAACAGCAAUGCUCCAGGAAAACAACAACAACAACUACUCGUGCCUGGAGAGGGCGAUCCAGAGCAGGGAGGCCCUUCAGGAGCAGGAAAGGGGCGUUCUGCCCUUCGCCAGGCUCCUGGAGAUGGGCUCUUUCCCUGAGCUGGGGGACGUCAGCCGCCGGGCCCCCGUCAGAGGCUUCAGGGCCUGGGCGAUGAGCGGCGUGUGCGCCAGGAGCCGGAGGUGGGCUGCUCUGCCCCCCGCCAACCCAGCGCCUUUCCUUAAGAGGCCCGACGCCACAGCGGCCCCCGUGGCAGGAGUCCUGCCCCCGCAGACGGGCCGGCCGGCCCACGGGCGGCCCGCCAUCGGCCUGGGGCUCCAGCUUGACGCCAGGUCCUGGAACAGACGCUGCGGGAGCAGGCAAGGCACCCUGGGCGCCCUGGUCACCGUGGCAACGCUGAAGGCCUCGGAGAGGGGCGGGCAGACGCAGACGCAGUGCCUCCUCCUGCAGGCGAAGGGGCAGAGCUACCUCUGCACGGCCAGGGGGCGCAGGGCCGCUGUCCCGGGACCCUUCACCGAGGUGGCCCCCGCUCCAGCGGUACAGGGGCCGGGGGGUGCCGCUUCCUCUGAGAAGCGUCCCGAAAGCGGAAAGAGUAGCAAACAAAGGGAGGGGAAGGACAAGCCAAAGCCUGUCCGAAAAUGGCGGACAUCCUGCGAGGUGGCUCUCUCCGUCAAGGAGGGAAUCCCCUGGGACUGCGAGGACCGGGAGUUCCCAGUGCCGGGGCCAAGCCAGGAAAACGGAUCCCAGCUCGCUUCCCAGACCCCAGCACAGGAUGCCCAGACAAGCAGACAGGAGAGCCCAGCUGCAGAGAUGGAUGGGACCGCCCAGGUCUGCACACAAUGCAGAGGGGAGAGGGACAGAUCAGCGAUUGGCCUCAGGGGGAUGCUGGGAGAUAGCGGCCGGUCGAGCGGCGGUGUGGAAGAACAGGAGACGACCUCGCCCGUAUCAGGCUCCUUUGUCUGCCGCCUGGAUCCAGAUCCCACCGACCCAGAAACAGGCUGCGGCCCAGCGAGCCAGGAGGGGCCCAUCAGUGCAGAAAUGCAGGAUGGUCUGCGGCCCAAAUCGUCCCCGCAGAAGAUCGGCCGCUUUCAGGACCUGCUGGGGGACAAAAGCCCCCGUCUGGGUGCCGGCAGUAAGAGCGAGGUCAUCGGAGCCGUGAGGAACGUCGACAACUCAGAGGCAGACCUCACAGUGGGUGCCAAAGCACUGAAGGAGGCAGGAAGUCCUCCUGAUAAGGACCCCGAAAGCAAUGGGGGAGGGGACAGUGUGUGGUGUGUGGGGGGGGUGAGGGGAGUGAGAGGUGGGGUGCCACGUGCACACAUAGCUACCGAGGGUCCACAGAGUCACAGUUAUGAAGAGGAUGGACUGGCCAGUUCCACGGUCCCAUGUACACACCUUUCUGCUGGCUCCAAGGGGAACCCUGGUUCCCUUGCCGAGGUUGAGGACAUCCCAGAGCAGAUGAGGCAGUCUGUGCUGUCUGAUGCUGGUCCUGGUGAGGUGGGGGGUCAGAAAGACAGGCCCCUGGAUGGCACAGGGAUUGGGGAGGGGGUGCGGAUCACCGGGGCAUCGGUGGAGUCACCUGACAGAGCAGGCACCCAAACUGUUGCCAGCGUUCACCCUCCCGAGUAUGUGGAGCACUCCUGUGAAAGCUGGCCUGGGGCGAGCUUAAUGGAGGAGUCCGGGCUCUCAGAUGUCUGGGGUGGGGGGCAUCACGGGGGUCGGGACGGGCCCGUGGCGGGGGGACGGAGGAGGGAGGCCGAGAGCAGGGACUCGAUCUGGCAGCUGGAUAAUUCCCUCUCACGAGGCCUGGACACUCACGCGCCGCCUAAUCCAGCUCCCCCAGGAGCCAUGGCAACAGCCCUUUCACCCCUGGACGGGCGUCAGGAUGGGGCGUCCUCGCCAUCGCUGGGGGAGCAGAAGCACCGGGACGAGCAGGGUGGCGCGGUGGCCAGCGGGCAGAGGUUCCUCGAUGUGGAGCUGGAAGGGGACGAUGACUUUGGGCUUUUCGUACAGGCAGGGGAACAGCCGUCCUGGGACGACGGCUUCACUGAUUUCCAACAAGUGCCUUAUGGGACAAGUGAGAGCGCGGCACUUGCAGAACCAGUCAGUGAGGGCGAGCCUGCCCAUUGGACAUUUGGCCAGACAGAAAAUCCUUUCCACCAAUCAGAGGACACUUGGACUGCUUUUUCACUAGAGGGCAGUGUUGCACUGGACCCCGGACUGGGAGGGAAACGGCACAUGCAGUGGUGGCCGGAGAAGGCUCCUGAGGAGGUAAACGUGAAGCAGCACGCACCCUUUGAUGCGCCCCGUGUGAUUCAGGAGGCCUUCCCCUCUACGCCUUCUUCCUGUCCUAGCCCAAAUCCAGUCCUGACCCUAACACAGGUCCUGCUGGGCCUCUCUUGUGAUGACAGCACUGUUGGAGAGAGUGGGAGCUUAUUGGAUGGCCUCCAGGAUGUAAACAGAAUUAUUGGUCUGAAAUAUAAGUGGGCGGAGUCUCGUUCACAGAAGCUCCUCCUCCAGUCUCUGCAUUUGGACCCAAAUAACAAGGGUCAUGUGACAAGCUCCAGAGCCAAUGACAGCCCCUCUGCGGGCCCCACGCCUCUUAGCCAGCAUUCGUCCCCCAUGGGCAACGGGAAAACAAAGCUGUCUUAUGACAUCAACAAGAACAUCUCGGCGUAGCCCAGCAACCUGUCUCGACCUUCCACAAGCCCUGCCUGCCCCAAAUCCAGAUGCCCUACCCCCUCCCCAGCUGGGUAACGGUUUUCUCCGUAGAACACGAGGCCUGCGAGUAUUCGGAAAUGACUUGAAACAUUUCUUCGAAGGGAUUUCUUUAAAUGCGGCUUCAGUUUGAUCCAUCUUUUCGACCCUCAAAACUGCUGUCACUAUCUGAAGACAGACCGUCCUUCAAAAGCCAUGAAAAGUUGAGUUGCAUUCAGCAGUAGAGCAGAAAUGUGAUGACUGAGCAGCUUUGGCCACUCCGAGAGGCUGUCUCUCUUAACAUUUUCACACAAUCUGAUAUGUUAAAGGGGUCUGCAUUACCAAGGAGUGUUGGUGGACAUGUUUUUUUCUCUCUCUUCCACACAAAUCCACUUACUCGCACGCGCACACACACAGACACACAAACACUCAAUCCUCCCCCAGUCAUGUGAUGUUUGGUAAAAAAAAAAAAAAAAAAAAGAAUGCUGAAAUUAGAAUGCUGAGUUAGAAUCUUUUUUACAACAACAGAACUUUGUGAGGAGCACAGGGCCAUUUCUGUAGUUUACCUGGCUUGGCCCACUGUUUCAUCAUAGUAUUGACCAUAUUUAUGUCACUGGACAUUCUCUACCAUUUUGCAAUCAUGUGUUUAUGCUUUUUCCUCUUAAUGACUUCAAAAGGGGGAUUGUUUGAAAUAGCGAUUGAAGAAUAAUUCUGUAUUAGAAUACAGACCAUGGAUUCACAACCCUGGUCCAGGAGGGCCCCAGUCCUGCAAACUCCUUUAUGACUAAGAACAUUAAAUGACUUGCUUCAGCUUGGUUUAACUGACCAAUGAAAUCACUCUUCUCAAGUCUGAGGUCAUUUAUGAAGUGCUGAUAGGUGAAAAACCUGCAGGACAGCUCUGUAAGGCCAGGGUUGGACCCUGGUAUAGAUAGUUUAUUCUGUAGUUUCUUUUCUGGUUUCCUUUUUUGCUACUUGUAAACUCAAACAAAUAAAAGUGAAAAUGUCAACUACAUUUUGAAAUGCAAAAUGAUUGUCCUUUAUACAAAAUGUGAACUCCUGCAGAAAACGUAUAUUUUCUAAACUACAAAAGAAAAUGUCAUGGAUUCGUUGAUUUAUGUCAUAAAGAAAUUGUUCCAGAAAAGAAUGUGCUAUUUCCUUUGUCACACAGCUUGGCAUGCGGUGUGUGCACAUGACCACAAUAACAAAGAGAACUACGACGGCUGUGCUAACUUUAAUCUGUUAAUUACGAACACACCUUCAGCCCACAAUCAUGUGUUAGUAUCUAGAUACAUAAUUCACAUGUAGGUACGUUUCAGUUGUAGUGAAUCUAGCAAUCUUCCUUCAGUGCUCUCAUAAUUCCCAGACAGCGUUGUUAUGACAGGUGGUUCAUGGUCUUGUGUGGUGUUUUCCCCCCCUGCCCAGUAUCUUCGUAAAUUAUACUGAAACCUUUUCAUUUUUUUUUGUUUCUAGUUCAUUUAUGUAUCUAUUGACUUUUUCAGCAAGCAGCUAUUCAAAGUGUAUACUCCAUACUGUUUUGUCCAUACUGUUGUGAUAAUAAAACAAUACAAUCAA